CAGUGGGGAGAGGGGGGUAUCUGGGAAGUUUUCCGUGAUGCCUAUAGGAGCUCAGUAAACACAAUUAAGCUCGAGUAGAGUGUUGAACCUCGAGCCCCCUUGAUAGGGCGUACUUAGCCUCUCGGCCACACAUCUAUUACAGCGAUCUACAAACUACGACUUAAAAUGCUACCGACAUAACAGGAAGUUAUUUAAUUGUUACCUAUUUUUACCCAGUAUGCAAUUUGUUUUGAAAGAAGAUGCACACAAUUUUUCUCUGUCUCAUUUUUACAAGAUCUUUAAUGAUCACGCCUACAUCAGCGUACACUAAAUGUAUCAAGCCAGAAACUGGAAAAACAAAGUAUGGAAACUCGUGCACUUCUAAUUCUCAAUGCUUGACAGAAUAUUGCAGCAAUUCCAAAUGUUCUUGUCCAGAAGACUCUUUCCUUGAUGCUGAAAGUGGUCUAUGUGUUAAAGACAGAGGCGACAUUGAGGGAAAUCAAGGCGAAUGUGGGUACAUCAUCAGCCCAAGUGGACUUGGUUUUGGUGACUCUGUUAGUUGGACAAUCAAUGGAGCAGCAGGGACAUAUAUCACAUUAGUCUUACUUGACAUGGACAUGGAUUCCAGCAGCUGUGCUAACAAUUAUUUGAUGAUUGUUGAAGGGUCUACUGCUCUGCUAAACAAAAUAUGUUAUGCAAACAAUAAAACUACGGCAUAUUUUGCUUCAAAGUCUGCACAACUUACAGUCAGUUACGGAGCAGUUAGCGGUGAUUACAGAGGAUUUAGAGCUGUCUAUUACAUUCGGAGCGAGUCAAGUGAGUUAACUGAGACAGCUGGAUACAUAGCUAGCCCAGGUUAUCCUGUCUCCUAUAAUGAAAAGGCUAGUUAUGUUUGGGUUAUCACUGCACUAUCAGGAAAUACCAUAACUUUGAGUGUGCAAGGAAAUACUGAGGGAAACUAUGACUUUGUUAAUUUAUAUGAUGGAAGUAAUCGAAUCCAGAGCUUAACAGGUGUCAUAACCCUUCAAUCUUUUUCAUCUACAACAAACACAAUGCGAAUAGAGUUUACUUCAGACCAUUCUGUAUCUUAUUCAGGUUUCACAGUUUCAUAUGAAGUGUACGGUCUGUAUGGUGGCUUAUGUAACAGCUCGGAGACUUGCAGAGAGGGACUAACAUGCAAUGGGAAUGUAUGCUCUUGUUCUGCUUUCGAGCACUAUGAACAGUCUACAAGCACAUGUAAAAAUUACACUACUUAUGGCAACAGAUGCAGAACUACAUGUUUGCCAGGACUGACUUGUUCUGAAGACCUAUGCGGUUGUACAAGUAGUCAGUAUUACAAUCACAUUGAUGGCACCUGCAACACUAAGCUGCCCCACGGAAGUAAUUGUUCUUUAUCUGAAGAGUGUGCUCCAGGCUUACUUUGUUACAACUCAUUAUGUCGUUGCUCAACAAGUCAGUACUAUGAUACUUCAUCUACUAGCUGCAAGAGUGGUGUUCUAUAUGGAGAAAUCUGCACUUCAGAAGUUCACUGCGUAGAAGGCGUACAGUGCAUACUAAAUAUAUGUAACUGUUCAUCAACUGAAUAUUUUGAAACAUCACUAAGAACUUGUGAAAAUAGAGCUGUUUAUGGAAGCACCUGUACUUCACAAAAUCAAUGUGUAGAAGAAUUACUAUGCCUGUCAAAUGUCUGUAACUGUUCGUCAACUCAAUAUUUUGAUCAAUCUACUCAGACUUGCAAUGACAGACUAUCCCAUGGCAACUUUUGUAACACUACUGAACAGUGCAUGUCAGGUCUUGAUUGUAAUGGAAUAAUGUGUGUCUGCUCUGCAACAGAAUACUACUAUGAAGAAUCAUGCAAAAACAGAUUAUCCCAUGGUAAUUUUUGUAACACCACUGAACAGUGCAUUUUUGGUCUUGAAUGUAAUGGAACAAUGUGUGUCUGCUCUGCAACUGAAUUUUACAACAAUGAAACAUGUAAAAACAGAGUUGUUUAUGGAAGCAGCUGCACUUCUGAAAAUCAAUGUGUAGAAAGAUUACUAUGCCUGUCAAAUGUCUGUAACUGUUCACCAUCUCAAUAUUUUGAUAGAUCAACUCAAACUUGCAAAAACAAAUUAUCCCAUGGUAACUUUUGUAACACUACUGAGCAGUGCAUGCCAGGUCUUCAAUGUAAUGGAACAAUGUGUGUCUGCUCUGCAACUGAAUUCUACGAUGAUGGAACAUGUAAAAGGAGAGUUGUUUAUGGGAGUAGCUGCACUUUACAGAAUCAAUGUCUAGAAGGAUUACUAUGCCUAUCAAAUGUAUGCAACUGUUCAUCAGGUCAAUAUUUUGAUCAAUUAAAUCUAACCUGCAAGGACAGAUUAUCCCAUGGUAACUUUUGUAAAACUACUGAACAGUGCAUGUCAGGUCUUGGAUGUAAUGGAACAUUGUGUGUCUGCUCUGCGACUGAAUUUUAUGAGGAGAAAACAUGCAAAAAAAGAAUAGUUUAUGGAAGAAGCUGCACCUCUCAAAAUCACUGUGUAGAAGGAUUACAAUGCCUUUCAAAUGUCUGUAACUGUUCAUCAACUCAAUAUUUUGAUCAAUCAACUCAAAUUUGCUAUGACAAAUUAACCCAUGGCAACUUUUGUAACACUACUGAACAGUGCAUGUCAGGUCUUGAGUGUAAUGGAACAAUGUGUGUCUGCUCUGCCACUGAAUUUUAUAACAACAAAACAUGUAAAAACAGAGUUGUUUAUGGAAGUAGCUGCACUUUACAGAAUCAAUGUCUAGAAGGAUUACUAUGCCUGUCAAAUGUCUGUAACUGUUCAUUAACUCAAUAUUUUGAUGGAUCAACUCAAACUUGCAAAAACAAAUUAUCCCAUGGUAACUUUUGUAGCACUAAUGAACAGUGCAUUUCAGGUCUUGGUUGUAAUGGAACAAUGUGUGUCUGCUCUGACACUGAAUUUUACCAUAAUGAUAAAUGUAAAAACAGAGUUGUUUAUGGGUAUAGCUGCACUUCUCAAAAUCACUGUGUAGAAGGAUUACUAUGCCUGUCAAAUGUCUGUCACUGUUCAUCAACUCAAUAUUUUGAUCAAUCUACUCAGACUUGCAUUGACAAAUUAUCCCAUGGUAACUUUUGUAACACCACUGAGCAGUGCAUUUUAGGCUUUGAAUGUAAUGGAACUAUGUGUGUCUGUUCUGCGACUGAAUUUUACUAUAAUGGAGCAUGUAAAAACAGAGUUGUUUAUGGGAGUAGCUGCACUUCACAAACUCAAUGUCUAGAAGGAUUACUAUGCCUGUCAAAUGUCUGUAAUUGUUCAUCAACUCAAUAUUUUGAUCAAUCAUCUCAGACUUGCCAAAACAAAUUAUCCCAUGGUAACUUUUGUCACACUACUGAACAGUGCAUGUCAGGUUUUGAAUGUAAUGGAACAAUGUGUGUUUGCUCUGCCACUGAAUUUUACGAUGACGAAACAUGUAAAAGCAAAUACUUUCAUGGCGAAUCUUGUUCGCAUACUGAUCAAUGUUUAAGUCCACUCUUGUGUAGAACAGAGACGAAUGUUAACUUGUUUUGCAUUUGCCCAAUCAACAUGUUUCUCACUAAUGUCUCUAUCUGUUUAGAUGAUUUGGCUCUAAAACCUAAAGUGUCCAAUGAGUCCAUAAUCAAGACAGAUUCAAUACUUCUUAAAUGGACUAUAGAAACACCAAAUUCAACUUUCUUUUUCACUGUUGAAUGGGAAAACGAAUCCAUUGAGACAAAUACAAGUGAGCUUAAUGUAGAGAAUCUGUCUCCUGGGAGCGAAUACAGUUUUAUUAUUACUACACACACACCAGAUGACAAUUAUUAUGAUACAAAAUUCCAGGAGUCUCAAUUCUCAAUAAUAACAAAGCAAUCUCAUGGCCAGCCAUGUAAUGAGACAUACGAUUGUACUGAAGAAGCCAGUUGUACCAAUGGGGUGUGUGUCUGUUUGCCAAAGUAUUAUCCUAAUACUUUCACUGAGUCAUGUGAACCAAGACUCGCCAAAGGCUACAUAUGUAACAGUAAUGAUGACUGCAAAGAAUCAUUGACAUGUAUACAAGCAAGAUGUGGCUGUCAAUCUGGACAAUAUUAUCAUAGUAUUAGACAAGGAUGUUAUAGCGUCCUAAAGAAAGAACAACUCUGUGACCCUUCAAUAGAAAAUAUGUGCGAGCCACCAGAUCUAAUUUGCACUAGCAAAACUGCAUAUACAUCAAAUUACACUUGUCAACAAAAUACAAAUCAGACCUCUAAAGAGAACAACUUGAACACUGUGUUAGUUGUUGUGGCUGGUGUUGGUUGGGUUGCUGCCCUUGUGACUGUCAUCAUUAUGUUGAUCUUACACUCAAGAAAUCAAAAGAAGUCUCCAAAUAUUGACAGCCUGGAUUUACCAGAGAUUCAUCCUUCCUGUGGUACACUGACAACCAACAUAGAUUCCAGGGUUCUUACAAUUAAUGACUAUAACUCUUUCCCUAUCAAAACAGAAUCAGAUUCUAUUGUCAAAACACCAGAAGCCAAGGGAUGUUGUUCUUCUAUGAUAUAUUCCGAUUGCAAACCUGAUGAAGUUGAUAAGGUUGAAAUGAAUUAUGAAGAUGUAGACCUUGGCAUCAAUGAUCAUGAAAAUAAAGACAAGAAUAAUUGUGAUGAGGAUGAUGCAUAUCAGAAGUUUGGAGAUUAUGAGAAAUAAAAAAAAUGUCAAUUUCUUUUUACUAGGAACUAAUCAUUGACACAUUAAAAAAGGAUAUUUUUUUUUAGUUUUAUCCUGACAUUAUUUGUUAUCAAACUUUUUUUUUAGACUGUCCCACGUUUCCUUCAAAUUGGCAAUUACAACCGAAACAAAAAAUCUUGCUGUUGCUGUUCUUGCAACUUAUGGUUAUUGAUCUUGUCAGUGAUAUUAUAUGUUAUGGUAUAGUUAUAAACUUGUUUAUCAUUCUAAAGUAUUAAAUAAUUGUCUGUGAACUUUGUAUGUACAUUGACAUAACAUAGAAUAGAAUUUUUUAUUUACAAAUGAAUUUUCACUUUGUUACUUUGGUAUUUUUGAUACAAUUUUCACAAUCAAAAGAGCUAUUGUAAUUGUUAAGCAAUGUUUAUUUUUUUACUAUGAUAUAUUUUGGUAUUGUAACUUAAUUUGGCAUUUCUAAAAUAGCUAAUAGAAUGUAAGCUCCUGCAUAUUUAUAUUUGGAUAGAAUAUCCAGGGCCACACUCAUGAUUAUGGUUAACCAAAUCUAUUCUUGACAUCAACAAUGUAGUGCUAAAUGUGUAUUAAAAAUUUUAAAAAGUGAAUGGCUUCUUAGCAUCAUUGCAAAUAAAGUCAAAUCCCAAAUAUUCUAGUAGCUAUAGGUUGAAACAGUAUUGUGAAAGGAGGUGGGUCUCAUAAAAGGAUUACCCUAUAUAAGUUUUUUUUCUCAGAUGUAAAUAAUAUUCUCUUUUACACUUUAGCUUGAUGUGCACUGCUAUUUAUCUAGUAAACUAAUACUUGUAUUCAUGCAAUGAAGAAAUAUUCUUAUUAGGCUAAUAUUCUUUCAGAUAUGAAUAUUUUUGAAUGAAGACAUUUUUUUCACAAAACUGUUUUAUAUAUAUAUCAUUGAUACCUAAAUCUAUGUGGUAAAGGCAAUAAAAAUAAUAGUAUACAUUAUUAUUGAUGUCAUUGACAGUUUGUUUUAACUGGCAACUAGGUGUAUGUCUAAAGUUUGAGGAUAACUCUUCAAUAGUGGAGUAUAUAUUUUUUUUUAUGAAUAUGCAUGAUGAAGUAGAGCUAGUGCUACUUUCCACAAGUAAGAUUAGAAAAGGGUUUUGUUUAGUAUUGUUUAGUCAAGUGUUUUUGUUUUGGUGUGUCAACGUUAUGUAAUAUUGAAGUGUGUCUGCAUGAGUUUGCUGCAUUACUUUUUCUAUAAUAAAGCUAUAUUAUUUAUAC